GCCACCCACCCUUUCACAGGGACCUUAAGAGCAGCAGGAGCAGAGCGGAGGGAGCUUGGACCUGGGACACCGUGGCCCUGAGCAGAGCGAGGAAGUGAGCUGUGGUGAAGAACCAAAGGGAGGCUGAGGAAACCGCAAGGAGGAUGAGGCAAACGCUCUUGUGUGUGUUGCUGCUUUGUGGGGCUGUCUCCACCCUGCCCAGCCAGAAAAACCAUGUCCGCUUCAGAAGAGGAGCCAGGUCCUACAGAGUGACCUGCAGGGAUGAGAAGACCCAGACGACUUACCAGCAGCAUGAGUCAUGGCUGCGUCCCCUGCUCAGAGCCAACAGGGUGGAAUUCUGCUGGUGUAACGGCGGCAGACCACAGUGCCACUCAGUGCCCGUCAAGGGCUGCAGCGAGCCCCGGUGUUUCAAUGGGGGUACUUGCUGGCAGGCCCUUUAUUUCUCUGACUUUGUCUGCCAGUGCCCUGAAGGGUUCAUGGGGAAACGCUGUGAAAUAGAUACCAGAGUCACCUGCUACAAGGACCAGGGCAUCUCCUACAGGGGCACGUGGAGCACAGCGCAGAGCGGGGCCGAGUGUGUCAACUGGAACAGCAGUGUGCUGGCCCUGAAGCGCUACAGCGCACGGAGGCCGGGUGCCAUCAAGCUGGGCCUUGGGAACCACAACUACUGCAGAAACCCAGACAAGGACUCAAAGCCCUGGUGCUAUGUCUUUAAGGCAGGAAAGUACACUUCGGAGUUCUGCAGCACACCAGCCUGCUCCAAGGGAAAGAAUGAAGACUGCUACUUUGGGAAUGGGUCAGCAUACCGUGGCACCCAGAGCCUUACCACGUCCGGUGCCUCCUGCCUCCCGUGGGACUCCGUGAUCCUGAGGGGAAGGGGUUACACCGCAUGGAGGUUCAACUCCCAGGCUCUGGGAUUGGGCAAACAUAAUUACUGCCGGAACCCAGAUGGGGAUGCUAAGCCCUGGUGCCAUGUGCUGAAGGACCGCAAGCCAACCUGGGAAUACUGUGAUCUGCCCCAGUGCUCCACCUGCGGCCUGCGCCAGUACCAGCGGCCGCAGUUCCGCAUCAAGGGAGGGCUCUACGCGGACAUCGCCUCGCACCCCUGGCAGGCCGCCAUCUUCGUCAAGAGCAGGAGGUCGCAGGAAGACCACUUCCUGUGCGGGGGUGCGCUCAUCAGUGCCUGCUGGGUCCUGUCUGCUGCCCACUGCUUCCUGGAGAGGUCUUCUCAUCACCUUCGGGUGGUCUUGGGCAGGACAUACCGGGAGGUCCCUGGAGAAGAGGAGCAGAAAUUUGAAGUUGAAAAAUAUAUCCUCCACAAGGACUUUGAUGAGGACACCUACGACAAUGACAUUGCCUUGCUGCGCCUGAGGGCGGACUCCCGGCACUGUGCCCAGGAGAGCAGCGCCGUCCGCACAGUCUGCCUCCCGGACGCUGACCUGCAGCUGCCCGACUGGACCGAGUGCGAGCUGUCCGGCUACGGCAGGCACGAGGCGUCUUCUCCUUUCUAUUCUGAGCGAUUGAAGGAGGCUCAUGUCAGACUGUACCCACCCAGCCGCUGCACAUCACGACAUCUGUCUAACAAAACCGUUACAGAAAACAUGCUGUGUGCCGGAGACACUCGGAGUGGAGGAAACCAAGUGAACCUGCACGAUGCUUGCCAGGGUGACUCAGGAGGCCCCUUGGUGUGCAUGAAAGAUCAGCGCAUGACUCUGAUUGGCAUUAUCAGCUGGGGCAUUGGCUGUGGGCAGAAGGAUGUUCCAGGUGUGUACACCAAGGUCACUAAUUACCUCUCAUGGAUUCAAGACAAUAUGCAACCAUGACCAAGAACAUCCAGCUCCUGAACUCAAAGGAGAUCCUGCCUUCUUCCUGUUGCACAGACGCUGCAAACACCAAGUGCUUCUUUAUGCCAGUUUCUCAACAAACCACCAACUGUGGCAGGGAGGAGAAUCAACAGGAGAGAACAAGUGUAACUUUUUUUAGAAGGUUUUAGGGACUGAGGUCUGACUUGAAAAUGUAUUGUGUUAGGUGAGAAGAUAGGUCAAUAAAUGCUACCCUCUUCUGCAAUCCAGCAGGCAGGAAAACCUGGCCUCAUCACGGGUCAUGAGCACUGGAGCUGGGACCUCAGAGGAAAGCAGACCUCAGUAGUAAGAAAUGACCUGGUCCCCCCGGACAGGAGGACUGCCUUAGAACUAGCAUGUGUACUUAUAGUUAUAGGAGAGCCAGGGAAGUCUGAAUGAGGGAUGGGCUGGCUGGCCAGUUCACGUUCUCCAAAGCCACCCUCAACCGAGUAUUUUCCUUCCACUUCCCACUCACUCCACACUCUAGAGAGGUAUUCCUUAUGUGUACAGUAGAACUCUUUCUUUAUAAAAUGGGAGAAUUAUAUCAUCUUAAUAACUGAUGAGCUAGACUCUAGCAUAUUUAUAUUGAUCCAUUUUAGUUUUUACUUUCUAUUGCCACAACUUUGUAUUAUACUAUACUUAAAUAAUAAAUUCAGAUAUAUUUUUCACAUUGUUCUCAAA